AUGGCGACCGAGAGAGUGGCAGCCCUGGGCUCCGUCGAGAACCCGAUCAAGUUCGGGGAUCAGGACUUCAAGACUCUCCUGGAGGAGUGUCUGAAGAGCGGGGUGCUGUUUUCUGAUCCAACCUUUCCGGGCGAGCAGAAGUCCAUCGGUUUCCCCGAACGAGACCCGGAUCCCAAAAAGGCGAUUAAGUGGCAGCGACCCAAGGAAAUCAGUAAGAAUGCUGUGUUUGUGGAGGGAACGACUGGGACCACGGAUAUCUGUCAGGGCCAACUGGGUAACUGUUGGCUGCUGGCGGCCCUUUCCUGUCUGACCAUGCACCCCAAGCUCUUUGUGAAGGUGGUGCCCCCUGACCAAAGCCUGUCCGAGCCUUAUGCAGGGAUCUUCCAUUUUACUUUCUGGCAGUAUGGUGAGUGGGUGGAGGUGGUUGUGGAUGACAGGCUGCCAGUACGCGAAGGCCGUCUGCUCUUCAGCUACUCUCAAACCCGCAAUGAGUUUUGGAGCGCCCUGGUGGAGAAGGCCUAUGCCAAGUUAAUCGGAUCUUACGGAAGCCUGAAGGGGGGCAGGAUUUCAGAGGGGAUGGAGGAUUUCACAGGAGGCAUCGCGUACUCGAAGAACAUCUCAUCUUGUACGCCUCAAGUCCUCUGGAGGUCCCUGACAGGGGCCCUGUCCAGAGGCAGCCUGCUCAGCUGCUUCAUCCAGGCCACCAGCUACAGUGACAUAGGUAAAGUCACAGGAGACGGGCUGGUAAAGGGCCACGCUUACGCCGUCACUGACACGGACAAGGUGAAAAAAGCAUCAGAUGAGAUCUUGUUGCUGAGGCUGAGGAACCCCUGGGGUUUUGUCGAAUAUCGCGGCCCCUGGAGCGACAAGGGUAAAGAGUGGGACGAUGUGGACAAAGCAGAGAAAGAGCGGAUAGAGCUGAAAAAGACAGAAGACGGAGAGUUCUGGAUCAGUGCCGAGGAUUUCAGCAGCCUGUUUAACAUCGUGGAGCUCUGCAGUGUGAGUCCUGACACUCUUGACGAAGGAAAUACAGCUGCCUCUCCUUCCACUCCUGUACCCCCAUCCACCUGGACCAUCAGUGAACAUGAGGGAUUCUGGGUACCAGGGAGCUCCGCCGGCGGUAGCCGCAGAUACAACCAAACAUUUUGGAAGAAUCCUCAGUUCCAGUUGGUUCUUAAAGAGCAGGACCAGCCCGAGGAGGAAGAUGAGGAUGAGGGUGAGGAUGACGAAGAUGAAGAUGACGAGGAUGAGGUGGAGUUAACCCCAGAGGAGACAAAGAGAGCAGAGAAACAGAAGAGGAAAGCCAAACAGUGCACUGUGCUGGUGGAGCUGCUGCAGAAAAACCGCAGGCAGAAGGAUAAAGUCAACUUUCUCUACAUAGCUUUCCACAUCUACAGGGUUCCUCCUGAGCUCCAGGGUGUGUGUCUGGACCGCAACUUCUUCAAGAAAAAUCGCCCUGUGGGUCGUUCUGGGAAAUAUAAGGCUCAGAGGGGUGUGUGGAGGAAGAUGCGUCUGGACCCGGGUACCUACAUCCUCGUGGCGUCCACCUAUCGACCCAACCAGCCCGGAGAGUUCUUUGUCCGCAUUUUCUCCAAGACUGGAAACACUCUGGGGACUCAAGACUUUACCUGUUCCUCUGACUUCCUCCCGGUUAUGGCAACCCCCGUCUACCCAGAGGAUCAAGGGAGAGUUCGGAGGACUUUUGAUGAGGAGGCUGGCCCUGAUGACAGGCUGAACGCCAGGGAGCUCAUGAAGCUCUUCAACUCAGUCCUUGACAAAGAUUACCAUCUGCCCCUGGAGACGUGCAGACAGCUCAUCUUUGGAGAGGAUACUAAAGGGCGCUGCAAUCUCAGCCGUAAACAAACAGAAACCAUGCUGUGCAGUCUGCGCAAUCUGCAGUCCAUCUUUUUCCAGUUCGAUACAGACUCUUCUGGGACAAUGAGCCCCUUUGACCUGAGCACAGCACUGGAAGCUGUUGGAAUGCAGUGUGAUGGAAAGGUAGUCCAGCUGCUGUCUGAGCGGUUUGCAUCUGGAGAGCUUCACAUGCCCUUCCACGGCUUUGUGUCAUGUUUCACCAAGCUGCGCAAGCUUUUUGCUCUGUAUGAAUCACAGACCAGUCAAGAGGUGAAAGACAGAGGGAUCAAUGCUUGGCUGCUGCAGUUUCUGAUGCUGUGAAGACGCUUUAUGAGGAGGAUCUCCACACAGACCCAGCUGAGCCAACCAUAUGCCGUACAUCCUCAAACAUAAACAAAAUACAUGCUGUGCUAGUCUUUUACUCUUUCUUCAUCUUCAGUUCAGUUCAAUUCAAUUCAAUUUAUAUAGUGCAGAGGUUAACAGAGGUUAACAGAGGUUAUCUCAGGGCACUUUUCACG